AUGAUUUUGCUACUUUUGGAGAGUAAAGAUCUUAGAGGAAGAUCAGAAGGAGUUCCAAAUAUCUGUAUCAUCUUCCAGAAAGACCUCUAUGCAACUAAUCAUGAAGCCGUCGGAGCACAGUCUGCUAUUCUUCGGGCAUGGUUCUAUGUGAUUGAAGCACAGCAUAUUGCUCUAGUGACACGUGGAGGAUUCCUCCAAUACUUGACCGAGGACGGGACAGUCAGUGAUCCGAAAAAAGGUACUCUUAAAUAUAUCUACUUCCUCCUUGGUCAGUCGUCUAAUAAUAAAUGGGUACUGGGUAAAAAAAUUCUGAAGUCCAAAAAUUCGCGUUUACAAAAGACUCGACAGCAGAAAGGGCCAAGAUUAUUGAAGUAG